UCGCAGGCUAGAGAUUAGUCUGCCGUCCCAUUUACAUGGAUAUAGCCUACUUGAACUAGCAAUUGAGCUCAUUCACCAAAUCGACAUGUACUACAUACAAUGACGACAGCGUGUGAUCAGCGGUCGGCGCGUCGGUGUGUAUAGGCUACGUUACUCAGACUAGUAGGUUGUAGCCGCCUAUCCCAAUAUCUGGCGCGUCAGUACUGGGUGGUGGGCGCAAAGUGGCGUCAGCUUGGACUUGUCUUUUCUCCUCAACUGCUAUUAAAACCUAGUAGAAACAGAGACAGGGUAUAGGUAGUGCACAAUGACUAUGCCAGUCCUACCCGACAGAAACUCAGGCUCCGAGGGCAAUGAAGAAGAGAGUGAGGAUGAUGAAAGUGAAAUUCUGGAAGAAAGCCCCUGUGGACGUUGGCAAAAAAGAAAGGACAAGGUGAGCCAGGGUAAUGUCUUGGGCUCUGAGAGUGCCUUUCUUGCAAUGGAUACAGAGGAAGGAGUGGAGGUGGUUUGGAAUGAAAUGCUUUUCUACGACAGGAAGGUCCUUAAAGCUCUGGAGGACAAUAUUAAAUACAUGUUUGACAACCUGAUACACGUGGAGCACCCCAACAUUGUCAAGUUCCACAAGUAUUGGCUGGACACGAAGGGUAACCCUGUUCGAGUUGUUUUUAUAACAGAAUACAUGUCAUCGGGAAGUCUGAAGCAGUUUCUGAAGAAAAACAAGAAGAAUCACAAGACCAUGAAUGUCAAGGCGUGGAAGCGAUGGUGCACUCAGCUCCUUUCUGCCCUCAGUUACUUGCACUCUUGUGACCCGCCGAUCAUCCAUGGAAACCUGACUUGUGACACCAUUUUCAUUCAGCACAACGGCCUUCUGAAGAUUGGCUCAGUUUGGCACCGGCUGUUUGUGAAUGUGGUGCCGGAGGAGAGCGUCCAGGGAAAGAUCCGACACCAACGGGAUGAAAAGAGGAACUUGCACUUCUUCCCCCACGAAUAUGGCUUGGAGGAAGAUGAUUAUGCCAUUGAUAUUUACUCCUUUGGGAUCUGUGCUUUGGAGAUGGCAGUGCUGGAAAUCCAAGCCAAUGGAGAUUCUGUUGUAUCCAAGGAGGCCGUCACCAACGCCGGACAAUCACUAGAGGAUCCCCUCAUGAGAGAGUUCACACAGUCGUGUGUGAGAUUCGAGGCCAGUGAGCGACCCACAGCCCAUGACCUAUUGUUCCACCGUGUGCUGUUCGAAGUCCACUCACUCAAACUGCUCGCUGCCCACUGUUUCAUCAACCACCAGUACAUUCUCCCUGAGAACUGUGUGGAGGAGAAGACAAAAUUAAUUGAUCCAAAUGCUGUCAUGGCUGAGAUAUCCCAUGAGGAUCGACCUGGAGUCCAGCUGAAGUACUCUCAUGUGUCUUCUCUCGAGUUUGAUAAAUUCCUGGAGGAUGUUAAAAAUGGUAUUUACCCUUUGAUGAAUUUUGCCUCUGCCAAACCGCACCCUAUGCCUCGCUCCCUCUCCAUGUCCCAAGAGCAAGUGGAGACGGCCAAGAGCCCCACCCCCGAACCCCAGGAGCCGGAGAGCAGGAAGGUGGUACAGAUGCACUGCAACCUGGAAUACAAUGAAGAAGAGACGAAAAGCCAUCUUUCCUUGUUACUCAAAAUGGAUGACAAAUUACAUCGUCAACUAAGCUGUGACAUCCUGCCAUCUGAUGGGUCCAGAGACCUUGUCAAUGAGCUGGUUAACCAUGCUUUCAUCCGUGAGGAGGAUGGUGAACAAAUGAUGUUGUUCCUUGAGGAUGUAUUAAAUCGCCACAGAAAAGCCUUAAUGACAACAGCGGUGACCGCAACCAUGAACCAAGGAAGAUAGAAGACGCUUUGAAACACUGGACAAGUCAGAGCCACAGAGAAAGACGUGCUGAUCAUGAAGCAUGAUCGCAAGGGCAGCACCAUUGCUUCCACACCAUUUUACUGGGUCUUUAGCAAGAAAGUUGAAGGAAGCAUCAUUUUGCCCGCAUCAGACCAGCUGCCUUAUAAAUGCAGUGUGAUACAGCCAUCUAACACGCAACAGUUGGCUGUCUUGCUCAUCCCUCAUUCAAAGAGGCAAAGAGUCUAGUGACAGUGUCUACAUGGCUUAAAUACUAUUGUUUUAUUCCCAGAGAACGUUUAAGUGCAGUAAAAUCGUACUAUACAGUACAUGCAAGAAGUGAUAAAAUACAGUGCCGCUUGAAAGUAUGUGAACCCCUUGAGCAGCUGAGAUGUUUCUGUUGUUUCUUAUUGUAUCGUCACCAGUUUCUUUAUGUAUGAAAUGUCAGACAUACAUCCCCGCCCAACAGUUUUGGAACGCCUCAAUUUUAUUUACAAAAUGUACAAUAUUGCCAGAGAUAAAUCUAAAUAUACACAACUAGGAGGAUGUUGGAGGUCCGAAGAUUUAGCACUUCUCUGGUGGUAUUUUCCGUCAUGCUUCCUUUGCAAUAUGUUCAACCUCUUUAGCAUGUAGACCUAAAGGAUUCUUCCUCCUAAUGACAGAUUUCACAUUCCCCCCAAGAUUUUCAGCUGAUUUACAUCUGGAGCCAUUGCUUGUCAUUUUAGAAAAGUGAUUUUGGGUCAAAGACGUCCAAAAUGAAAUGGUCCUUCAGUGUAACAGAUACCUUCUGCUGACUGUAACUGCAAAAAAAAACAUGAUUUCUAAAUUGUUUCAAGUGAAUGGAUGACAGCCGAGGCUUUCAUGAAUUCACUUGCAAAAAAAUUAAAAUAAAAAGAGUCAACAGUUACAGUCAGCAGAAGGUAUCCGUUACACUGAUUUGGAUUAGGUUCCUUUAAUUUUUUUUAUUUUUUUUUAGAAAAAUAUUGACCAUGUCUGAAGGGUUUGCAUACUUUCAAGCAACACUGUAUACAGUACACUUGUGUCUGUCUGUGUUCGCUACAAUGCUUACGUUAGUUUACACGGCCAUCUUAAAAUCAUGAGGGAUGACAUGGUAAUGUGGAGGAACAUAUUUGAACUAAAACAUUUUGUGUUGCAUUUGUACACUUAUCCAUGAUAGCCGCAAUGUUUAUAGACCCCUAGAGUCUUUACAUUUUGUAAAAACGUUCACGAUAGAAGCCUUGAGGCCGGCCGCAAUAUUUGUGUUUGAUGCCUUGAAAUUGCCUGAACUAACAGUCCGGAUAUUGUGGUAGCAGAAAAUCGUGAAAAUGGGCGUGGUUUUGGGCAUGGCAGUAUACUGAUAACAUUGGAAACCCAUGUAUAAGGUGGAUAUCAAUUGGAUUACUCAUGAUCAUGAAAAUGUAUUGCAUUGGAAUUAUUUCAGUGCUCAUACUGCCUUUUUUAAGUCAAUGGGUAUUUCUCAAAACCUAGUGCGCGCACUUCCAAGUGUAUUCAGCCUAAUUAGUCGCGCCCAGUGAUUGGAUACUCUUUAUUAGUCACACCCAGUGAUUGGAUACCCCGUAGAGUUUACCAAAGAGUAUCCAAUCACUGGGCGUGACUAAUUAGGCUGAUACACUUGAAAGUGUGCGCACUAGGUUUUGAGAAAUGCCCAAUAUGUUAUUUGGUUUGUACAGGAACAAUCAAACAUCAGGCGCUCUUUAGGUGUCUUACUCUACAUGUCUGACAAUAUUCUGCCAAUGCCUCUCAAUGCCAAUGUAUACGGUAUGUUGGGCAAAUAGCCUACUACAUUUCAGUAAUCACUACAUGAUUAUUGAACUUUUAUAGGUGCAUAGGCCUACACAUGUAAUUUUAUAUUUAUACCCAUAAUUUCUAUGUAUAGUUCUGACAUUAAUAAAAACAAAACAAAAUGAUUUAGUAAUGUACCUUGUUGUAGGUUAUAACAUAUUUAUAUAAAGUACAGGUCUAGUUUUUUCCCCUUUGGCUGGUGAUGUCUGUCUGCUGUUUGAAGAAAUUGUCAUAAACAAUUAGAAUAAAUUGAUUGAUUUCAAA